GUCUGGAGUAACAAGAUCCUGGCCUCGUCUUCUGACUUUCUCCUUGCGUUUUUGGUUUCACUUUUCAUACCCGUUUCUUGCCUUCAAUCUUCGGCCUGGUUUGCCUCCUACUAGUUACCACACUCACUCUCAGUUUACGAACAAUCGUUCCUUGAUAUCAGUUGUUUACUCGCAAGGGUUGCAAACAUUAUGUCCAACUCUCGCCCUACUUCUUCCGAGCGCCGUCCUGGUUCGAGCAGCGCUAGAUCGCGGUCGAGCACCAGGAAACAGCUGGAACCCCCGACGCCCUAUGAGACUACAGCCUUCAUGGUCAAUGCCUCGCCUCUGCUGACCUCCUCUCUUCAUUCGCGCAACUCGGCGACUUCGACACAAGAAUCCGGAUACCUGACAAAAGCACAUUUACUCCGGUGGACUCGCUUCGGACUGGCAUUCUUGGUCAUUGCGAGCAGCACCGCUGCACUCGGAUGCGCAGGGCAUGUCUUGGAUCGCUAUAACGAGACACGUUUCGGCAGGGAGUACUCGUUGCCACUCUGGCCUCGUAACGUCGACGUCAAACCGACACUGACGAUCCUCAUCCCUGCUGCUAUACUCAUAGCGGUCAAUCUGGGAUACCUGGUCUUCUCGCUUAUCCCAACGCCGUACUCCCGCACAUUGAUGUAUAAUAUUGUCUUUGUGGGGGCCUCUUUUGUUGGGCUCGUCCUGUGCCUGUUUGCCAUCCCCUUCAACACGGCACUCACCACUCCUUCUGAGCAUCAUGCGAGAGAGUCGCUUCAAUCAUGGACGUGCAAAUUCUCGGACGGUGCAUCGAAGUUCACCUCGGACGCCAAGUCGUUGCAGAUCCCCGUGUACUUGUCCGAUGGCGUGCCUGUCCCUGCGGGCUUCGAGAGACUUUGCAUGGAAAGCCAGGUCGCUGUCGGGUUCAUGGUUGCGGUGUUGGUUUUGGAGCUUGUCAGCUGCGCCGUAGGUGGCGCUGGUAUUCUACUCGAGAAUAAGAUGGCCAAGGCGAGGAAGGCUAGGUAUGCGGGUCAUGAGAAGGGCGACGGCGUCUCUUGAAAUGAGCUUGACACCAGCAUCGCGAGGAUGGAGGCCCCGAGGUAACCUAGAUGCAAGGGUUGGGCCUCGUAUCAGCACAGCAGCGGCACGCAUGUAAUCCUACCAGAGACGGCACGGCAGAGAUCGUCAAGUAGCAACGUACAAAUCUCCCUGGUUGGUACGGGAGUAUGGUUCAUCGGUAUGGGAGACAGGGAAAAUAAAGCGGAGUUCGAGCUGAAGGUUAUGGCGAACAAACGGUUUUCGUGUGCAAAUGCUUAGUACCUAGUUUUCUCUGAGUCCUACACCCAGCUUCCGUUAUCAACGCAAAACGAC